AUGAUGGGGGCUCUCGGAACCAGCUUCGUUCUGAAGUGCGUCGUCACGGCAAUCGCUUUAAGUGGACUGACUCAAUGGUAUCUCAGUCGGAGAAAGAGAAGAACCGAGGAAGAUGCACUUGCAGCUCAACACGGCUGCCAGCCCGUGAAGGCUACCCUGCCCUACAAGUGGCCUUUCGCCAUAGAUCUCCUCAAACUCCAAUAUGAUGCGCUUCCCCAGUGCCGAAUGUUGGAGUUCCAAACCAAGUACUUCAGCAUGGCUUCGACCAUUCGAAUGGAUAUUCUGGGGACAGGCUACAUCAUAACUGAUCCUGUCAACAUCGAGGCAAUCCUCAACAGCCGUUUUGAAGACUUUGUUCUUGGUUCCCGCCGCGAGGGCUUGUUUCCCCUGCUAGGCGAGGGUAUCUUCACCCAGGACGGCCCCGCUUGGAAGCACUCCCGAGAGAUUCUGCGACAUCAGUUCGUCCAUGUGCGAAGUCUUGGUCUGGAUGCGCUCGAACCUCAUGCAAUGGAACUACUCGAUGCAAUUGCAAAAGAGGCAAAAGAAAGCCCUGAAAACAUUGUAGACUUACAACCGCACUUCUUCGAAUACACACUUGGCACCACAACCGACCUUCUGUUCGGCGAACCACACAGCAGCUUGCCACAGGCCGAUCGCCUCGCCUUGCGCGAUAACUUCGAUUACGCUAGUAUGGUGUCUGCCAUGCGCCUGCGAUUGGCAGAUCUUGCCUGGCUUUACACACCGAAAAGGUUCAAGAAGGCCUGCCGCGGGGUUCGCGAUUGGGCGUCCUUCUUUGCCAGCAAGGCCAUCGACCACUUCGAAGACCACGGCGAGGCAUCUGCGAAAGAGAAGUAUGGGUUCAUCGUGGACCUUUGGAAGAGUCUGAAAGAUCGCACAUUAGUGCGUGAUCAGCUGCUGCAUGUUCUUACCGCCGGACGAGACACUACAGCCUGUCUGCUGAGUUGGACAUUCUUCCAUCUGGUUCGGAAUCCUGAACUACUCGUCCGCUUGAAAAAAGAGAUAGCGACUGUCAUCACGUCUGCCGACCAAAACAUUACACGCGAGAACAUCAAACAGCUCCCGUUCUUAGAUUGCUGUUUGAAAGAAACUCUUCGCCUGUACCCUCAGCUUCCUGUCAACGUACGCUAUGCUGCCCGUACUACCAUUCUUCCUCGCGGGGGCGGAGAUAAUGGAAACGCGCCAGUUCUCCUACGGAAAGGUAAUGGCGUGGGAUGGUCAGCGUAUCACCUUCACCGACGAGAGGCACUGUAUGGCCCUGACGCCACAGAAUACCGACCAGACCGAUGGGCUAGUGGCGAGUUGAUUCGCAAAGUUGGACUGGGUUCAGGAUUUCUCGAUUUCCACGCUGGCCCUCGAGUCUGCCUUGGGAAGGACUACGCUCUCAUGGAGGCUAGUUACGGCGUCGUUCGUCUUCUGAUGAGAUACCCAAAUAUCCGUCUACCGCCGAGCGUACCCAACUUGCCCGUUGGACAGGAGAAGCAGAACCUGACUAUUGUCCUAUCGAGUGCUGAAGGGGUAAAGGUUUUAUUAGACUAG